UCCUGUUUUUAUCAUGUGAUAUCAAUAGGAACAAUGGCGGAAGUAGAAGAGCAGGGACAUAGAACAAGUGAUGAAUCCACAGAUGAUUCAGAGGAAGAUGAGAGUGAGGAGGAGCCCAAGCUGAAAUAUGAGCGUUUGGCCAAUGGAGUCUCAGAGAUACUCCAGAAAGAUGCAGCCAGCUGCAUGACUGUUCAUGAUAAGUUUCUGGCACUGGGAACUCAUUUUGGCAAGGUGUUUCUUUUGGAUGUUCAGGGAAAUGUCACUCAGAAAUUUGACAUUAGUACUGUGAAAAUAAAUCAAAUCAGUCUAGAUGAUAGUGGCGAGCAUGUAGGCAUCUGCUCAGAAGAUGGCAAGGUUCAAGUGUUUGGUUUAUACACCAGGGAAGGCUUUCAUGAUAACUUUGACUGCCCUAUUAAAGUGGUGGCUCUACACCCUCAGUUUGGAAGAUCCAGCAGCAAGCAGUUUGUCACAGGGCGAAAUAAGCUUCAGUUAUAUGAGAGGAACUGGCUAAACAGAUGGAAAACUAUUACACUCCAUGAGGGAGAAGGAAUAAUUACUAAUGUCAAAUGGCGAGGCAGUUUAGUAGCCUGGGCAAACAGUUUGAGUGUAAAAAUAUAUGACAUCAAUGCUAAACAAAGAAUAACCAAUGUCUUGAGAGAUAAUACCAGCCUUCGACCUGAUAUGUAUCCUUGUAGUCUGUGCUGGAAGGAUAACACAACACUUAUCAUAGGCUGGGGAACUUCUGUAAAGAUAUGUAUUGUGAAGGAAAGGGAUCCAACAGAAAUGCGAGAUCUUCCUAGCCGCUAUGUGGAAAUUGUGUCUGCCUUUGAUACAGAGUUUUUUAUCAGUGGACUUGCACCUCUUGGUGAUCAGAUUGUAAUCUUGUAUUACGUAAAAGAGGCUUCUGAACAUCAGGAUGAGAAAGAGCUGCGAUCUAGACCCCGACUAGACAUUGUGCAGCCUCUUCCAGAGUCCUAUGAGGAGAUAUCUUCAGAUGCACUGACUGUUAGAAACUUCCAAGAAAAUGAAUGCCUUGACUAUCGGCUUGAACAUUCAGAAGGGGAAUCUCUGUUUUAUAUAAUCAGCCCUAAAGAUAUAGUUGUAGCCAAGGAACGUGACCAAGAUGAUCAUAUUGACUGGCUGCUUGACAAAAAGAAAUAUGAAGAAGCAUUAAUGGCGGCAGAGAUUAGUCAUAAAAACAUAAAACGUCAUGAAGUACAGAGAAUUGGUAUUAGCUACAUUAAUCAUUUGGUGGAAAAAGGAGAAUAUGAAGCAGCAGCAAGGAAAUGCCAAAAAGUCCUUGGGAAAAAUAUGGAACUCUGGGAGAAUGAAGUUUAUAGAUUCAAAACAAUAGGACAACUUAAAGCUAUUAGCCAGUAUUUGCCAAGAGGAGAUCUUCGACUAAGACCUGCUAUUUAUGAAAUGAUUCUUCAUGAGUUUCUCAAAAGUGAUUUUGAGGGCUUUGCAACACUAAUUCGGGAAUGGCCAGGUGAUCUUUAUAACAAUAUGACAAUUGUUCAAGCUGUAAGUGAUCGUCUGAAAAAAGACCAAAACAAUAGGACGCUUCUGACUACUCUGGCUGAACUAUAUACAUAUGACCAACGUUAUGAUAAAGCCCUUGAAAUUUAUCUAAGACUGCGACAUAAGGAUGUUUACCAGUUGAUUCAUAAGCAUAACCUUUUUUCAUCCAUUGAAGACAAAAUAGUUUUGUUGAUGGAGUUUGAUAAAGAGAAAGCUGUUGACAUGUUGCUGGACAAUGAAGACAAAAUAUCAAUUGAUAAAGUUGUGGAGGAACUUGCACAACAUCCUGCAAUGCAACACGUGUAUCUUCAUAAGCUAUUUAAACGUGAUCCACACAAGGGUCACAAAUACCAUGAGAUGUUGAUUAGCCUAUAUGCAGAAUAUGAUCGACCAAAUCUCCUACCCUUCUUGAGAGACAGCACACAUUGUCCUCUAGAAAAGGCUUUGGAAAUUUGCCAACAGAGGAAUUUUGUGGAAGAAACUGUGUUUUUGCUAAGCAGAAUGGGCAAUAGCCGGAGAGCUUUGCAAAUGAUAAUGGAGGAGCUCUAUGAUGUAGACAAAGCGAUUGAGUUUGCAAAGGAACAGGAUGAUGCUGAACUUUGGGAAGAUCUAAUAUCUUAUUCAAUUGACAAGCCACCUUUUAUCACAGGCUUGUUAAACAACAUUGGGACACAUGUGGAUCCAAUUCUUUUAAUCCACAGAAUCAAGGAAGGCAUGGAAAUUCCUAAUCUUAGAGAUUCACUAGUAAAGAUCCUUCAUGACUAUAAUCUACAAAUCCUGCUGCGAGAAGGCUGUAAGAAGAUCCUAGUCGCUGACUCUUUAUCUUUGUUGAAAAAGAUGCAUAGAACUCAGACAAGAGGCGUUAGAGUUGAUGAAGAGAAUAUUUGUGAAUCAUGCCAUGAAGCUAUUUUACCAUUAGAUACAGCCAAAUCUUACAACAUAGUGGUCUUCCACUGUAGACAUAUGUUUCAUAAGGAAUGUUUGUCUUCCUCAAGCACUAUUCCCCCAGUUCAGUUUUGUAACAUCUGCAGUGCAAAGCGCAGAGGCCCAGGAAGUGGCAUUGUGGAGAUAAAGAAGUGAAAACAUAAACAUAAGUGGCUUUAUAUCUGUAUAUAGAAGCCCUAAAAAAGACGGAAUCACAAAAUAGGCUUCACUUAUAAUUCUGGAUUCCUAACAAAAAAAAAAAUAACACACAAAAAAUGUUUGUCUUGUAUUGUUAAUUUGUUGCUGAUACUACUUAUAUGUAUGCUCACAUUAAUCACUUCUCUUAAUUUCUAGAAAAUGCAUCUAAAUGUAUUAUUUGCGUACCUUUGUAUGCAUCAUUAUAUGGCAUUUUACUACAUGAUGUUCUUAAAAUACAUAAAAUGCUAUCUCGUUUUUGCAGUCUGUGCUUUAGCACGUUAUAAAUAUUUAAUAGCACUUGGAAAAAAAUAUUAUGUGUAUGUAUGUAUAUGUAUAUGUGUGUGUGUGUGUAUGUAUAUAUAUAUAUAUAUAUAUAUAUAUAUAUAUAUAUAUAUAUAUAUAAUAUAUAUAUGCAUACACACACACAGGUACAAGAUCAGAUCUAAUUUGCUUAUCUCCAAGUGUCAGACCUGUUAUACAAAGUUAGAUUGUUAUCUUUAGAAAAUCUCAUAAUUUACCUGAAUAAACAUAUACAUUGGCUGACUUCAGGUUAUUUGUAUUGUUUUCAUUCACAAAACCACACUGACACCUUGAUGGCUUAGAGACCAAGAUUCUGAACAUUAACAAGGUUGCCUGUUAGAACCCCAAUGUUGAAUGUCUGUGUCAUCUACAGGCACAACUGAGUGAAAUGUGAACAACAAUACAGAUUUCCAUACCGGAUCAGUUGAGGCCCGGGUCAACAAAGGCCACCACCAGUACUGGUGGCCAACAGGGUGCUGGGUGAAAUUGGGCUACUCUUGGCCGAAGUAGAACAAGAGGGUGUCUAGAGGCAGGAGGAGAGGAGGAAGAUUAGUACAGUGCAAGAGUGAAUGGGAACUUUGAAUGUUGGCAGUAUGACUGGUAAAGGGAGAGAGUUGGCCAAUAUGAUGGAGAGAAGGAAGGUGGAUAUAUUGUAUGUGCAAGAGACCAGAUGGAAGGGGAAUGAGGCUGAGAGAAGAGGCAUUCUACGGGUGAUAUCAUGGACAUUAAGGAGCACAAGCCUGGUAGCGGGAGUCAGCGGCUCAGUGGGGUGCCCUGCCUUUAGCCAGAGGGCUACAAGGGGCCUGAGCCUAGGUGCAGCACUGAAGGUGGGCUGAACUGCAGAUUGGGCACCUCAUGGGGUGCAAGAGCCCAUGUUGGGUUUAGUCAAGAAGAUGUCUGUUUUAAAGACUGCACUCUUGCUCAUGGUUUUAAAAGACCGUUUCCUGCCAGUUGUUUUAACCUCGUUUUUAUGGAUUCUUUAUUUAUUGGAUUAUUUUAACCUCCACAUCUUACAUGUUUUAUUGGAUUAUUUAUUUAUUGACAAAUUUUGGAGCACUGUGUUUUUUUGUACACUCUUUUGAUUUGUUUUUGAACUGUGAUUAAUAAAAGCACUAAGCACCUUUCCACCA